AUGGCAUCGAAGUUGAAGGAGAGAAAGAGAACUCCAGUCUCACACAAAGUCAUUGAGAAACGCAGACGCGACCGUAUCAACCGCUGUCUCAAUGAACUGGGAAAAACUGUUCCUAUGGCUCUAGCCAAACAGAACUCUGGUAAACUAGAAAAGGCUGAAAUCCUGGAAAUGACAGUCCAGUAUCUGCGCGCUCUACACUCUGCCGACUUUCCACGCGGGAGAGAAAAGGGCGAGCUUUUGGCUGAAUUCGCCAAUUAUUUCCACUACGGAUACCACGAGUGCAUGAAGAACCUGGUGCAUUACUUAACCACAGAGGACAGGGCUGAGACCAAAGACAUAAAGUACGCUCGCAUCCUGGCUUUCCUGCAGUCCAAGUCGCGCGCUGUUACGGAUCCGGUUUUUGGCUCUCAUGUGAGUUCAGUUCCCCCGGAGACCUGCGAUUUUCUGGGACAGCUACACGCGACACCGGACCAGACCCACAGUCCAACCGAGUCCAUGUACCACCAGCAAAAUCCCACCGGACACUUUUCCUCGUGGCACGGCCCUGCACGCGGCUCCGGUUUAUCAUACCCAGCCGUGCACGCGCAACAUACGCAACAUGGAGGAUACAUAUCUCCUGUGCAGGGACUGGACCACCAUUACUUCAACUUUAUUGGCCAUACGCACGCAAACACAUUUAGUUUGCACAGUGCUCAACACGCCAUGUAA